CGUCCUUUCACAGGAGGUUAUAUCUUCUGGUCUUUGGAAAGACAAGAGGUUGAUAAAGACAGAAAGAAAAUGGAGAACUAAUGGAGACUUUAACUAUGCGUUAAAUUUACGCGUCGCUUUUAUGGGAGACGUCUUUACACACACGAGCUCUAAAUCUGGAAGGUGUUGAAGCGGCCGCGAUGUCUCACGCACAGGUUGAGAUCCCAGGACGCGGCUUUCCAGGCCUCUCCGUGGACAUGACGGACGACUGCUUGUCCCGCAACGUGCUCAGGACGCACGGCUUGAACGCGCGGAGGAACUCCUAUUGCCUGCAGAAAAUCACCAUGGACAUUGAUUCUCCCCUAUACAGCAGCGCCCUCUCCAAAGCUCUGUCCUGGUCGGCUGAGAAUAUCCUGUCGCUCGCAGAGUCCAGAGUGGAGGAGGAAAAGGCGGACGAGUCCCCGCAGCAGCUGUCUCCCGUCUCCAGCCAGGACGCCGGCACCGACGCGCCCUCAGGCAGCCGGGAGCCCGACGAGAUGGGAGGAAACUGGCCCUCGGAGCGCAGAUCCAAAGCUCACGAUGCCAGCUCGGACUCCGACAACGAGCUUCAGAACAGACAAAACAAGGUCCUGUCCCGCAUCACCUUUGACACCCAGUGGGAGCAGGAGGAGAAGGAGGACGUGGAGACCAAAGCGGUGGCAACCUCACCCGAUGGAAGAUAUCUCAAGUUCAACAUAGAGAUCGGAAGGGGUUCCUUCAAGACUGUGUAUAAAGGUUUGGACACGGAAACAACAGUGGAGGUGGCAUGGUGUGAGCUACAGACACGUAAGCUGACCAAAGCGGAGCGACAGCGUUUCAGCGAGGAAGUGGAGAUGCUCAAAGGCCUGCAGCACCCAAACAUCGUACGUUUCCACGACUCCUGGAAGUCAACGGUGAAGGGCCACAAGUGCAUCAUCCUCGUGACUGAACUCAUGACCUCGGGCACGCUCAAGACGUAUCUGAAGAGGUUCAAGGAGAUGAAGCUGAAGCUGCUGCAACGCUGGAGUCGGCAGAUCCUCAAGGGGCUUCACUUCCUGCACACACGCACUCCCCCCAUCAUCCACCGGGACCUCAAGUGUGACAACAUCUUCAUCACCGGCCCCACUGGCUCUGUUAAGAUCGGAGAUCUGGGGCUGGCCACUCUCAAAAGUGCCUCAUUUGCUAAAAGUGUCAUUGGAACUCCGGAGUUCAUGGCCCCAGAGAUGUACGAGGAAAAGUACGACGAAGCAGUGGACGUCUACGCCUUGGGAAUGUGCAUCCUGGAGAUGGCCACGUCCGAGUACCCGUACUACGAGUGCCAAAAUGCUGCACAGAUCUACCGCAAAGUCACCAGUGGCAUCAAACCUGACAGUUUCUACAAAGUCAUAGUCCCAGAACUCAAGGAGAUUAUCGAGGGCUGCAUUCGCAUGAUCAAAGAUGAAAGGUAUACCAUUCAGGACCUUCUGGAGCACCCCUUCUUCCAGGAGAACAACGGCGUUCACGUAGAGCUGGCGGAGGAGGACGACACGGUGAAGCCUGGCCUGAAGCUGUGGCUGCGCAUCGACGAUACCAAGAAGCUUCACGGGAAGUACAAGGACAACAACGCCAUCGAGUUCCUCUUCGAGCUCUACAAGGACGUGCCCGAGGAGGUGGCUCAGGAAAUGGUCGUGCUCGGCUUUGUGUGCGAGGCAGACUUUAAGAUCGUAGCCAAGGCCAUACGGGACCGAGUGACGACCAUCAAGAGGCAGAGGGAGAAGCUGAGGCGGCAGGCGGAGGAGCGCAAAAAAAAGGAGGCACAGGAAGUAAUAGAGGAAGAACCAGAGUCUCAGCCACCUUCACCUAAGGUCACUGAUGUUGUUGCAGCAGAGUCCCCCACCCCGGCCCUGUCGCCUUUGGCCGCUGCUUCCUCCCCCAUCACCAGCUCUGCAGACUCUGGUGUCAGCUCCAGCUACCCCGCAGAGCCAGAGGAGCCCGAGGCAGACCAGCACUUCCGUGUCCGCAGCAACAGCCUGUCUUCUGCUAACUCUGACUGUGAAACGGACGGCGACCUGAGUUCCUCUGGCCUUCAGGAUCCACUGGAGGCCGGCGGCUUCAACGGGCCUGCGACCCCUCCGACCCCCUCAACCCCUCUGACCACGCGCGCCAACACCCCCGCUGUAAACGGCCUCGCCAUUCCAGCACUUCGCUUCCCCUCGAGCAUUGCAGUCUGCAGCAACACAGAACAUGGCAGCUCAGGUCCUCCGAGUGGGUUCAACUCUCCUGUGGACAGCUACGCUUCCGAUGUAACGUCAGGCUUGAGCGACGGCUACGAAGGCCUGCCUGAGAAGAGCGAGAAAACGGCUGCGAGGCGAACGGCCGCGAAGCUGUUCAGGCGGAGGGCGCGCUCGCGGCUUCGCAUCACAGGGCUUUCUGAUAAAGUGGACCGGGUUGUCGAAUGUCAGCUUCAGACACACAAUGACAAGAUGGUGACCUUUAAGUUUGAUCUGGACGGAGAUAACCCAGAAGACAUCGCCGCUGUCAUGAUUCGAAGUGAAUUCAUCCUUCCGUCUGAGAAGGAGGGCUUUAUCCACCGAAUGGGAGACAUCAUCAAACGGGCCGAGGCUCUGAUGUCCAAAGACCCGUCGGUUCACAACAGCGGACAUCGCCUCGCCCAGCUGGCUUCCAGUGGCGUGGCUAACUCAUUGUCUUCUUCACAGCCUAAUCUGCACAGUCACUUUAUGCCUCGAACACACUCAUCUUCUUCUCUCCCAGACUACAGUAUGGCUAACCCCAGUGUAGGAGCGCGUGGCUCCCCCCCUUGUCCUAAUGGCGAUGUCCUGAGUUCAGAUAUUACUUCACCUGGGCGACCUCUUGUACGCUCACAGUCUUUCCACAACACCCCAGGAUCUCCUCUUUACUAUCAUCAGCACCAACGACCUUCAUCUCUCCUGUCCCACCAGCAGCACUACCAUUUACCCUACAUGGGCCAAACUCAUUUUCCCUUCCCAUAUCCGGGAUCUCCAGGUUCUCCGAAGCCAGCAGGGCUGCAUCCUCCCCUUACUCGGGUAGCCAGUAACCCUACCUUUCCCUCUGUUCCCUCGCCAACACCCAGCUCACCCAGUCCAGUGAACGAGACCCCGAGUCCCACAGUGGAAAGUGUCACCAUGUCCCCACCCACACCACAGCCUCCCAACAUGUGGCCCUCCCACUCUCAGCCGUUAUUCUCUUUAGCUAACGUCAUCUCCAUGGCCAUGAGCAUGGCUCAGUCAUUCAUCCCCCCUCCAAACCUGCCCACCCAGGUGAUGCCCUCGUAUCCGGGCUUCCACCCCCACCUGCAAAGUCCCAUCGCUCCUCCGUCAGGUUACCCAUCCGUCUACCCGCACCAUUACCAGACUCUACCGCCAGUGGGCGUCCCAGCUCAGAACGUCUAUCACAUUCCGGAGCAGGCGCCUCAGAUGGACGGACUCGGGUUUUACCAGAACAAUCAUCCACAGUGGCAGCAUCCUGUGACUCCACCUUCCAUGCCGUCCACUCCUCCGCUGGCCACCCUGGAGCCCCAGCAGCAUGUCCGACUAACCAGUUCACCCAUUCCACACAAGGAGGAUAGCAAUAUGGCACCAUACUUGGCCCAGAUUUCACCCCAGCUUCAAACUGGAACAGAAGUAUCCAUGUCAAAUUCUUCAUCAGAGGCUUCCCCAUCACCACCAGUGAGCCCAGAGAAUACUGUCUCCUCCUUCAGCAAUCAACUGCAUCCUGUUGGAUCUGCAGCCAGGACCAUCAGCCCAGAACUGAAAACUUCUUCCACUGAAUGUGAAGUGAAGUCAGCACCUGUGACGGUUGGAAGAUUCCAGGUGACGCCCAGUGUUGACAUUUUGGACCCCCCUGUCCCAGUGGUCGCUGCACCGCAGCCAGCCAACAACAACAAAAACACCCAGUCAGAGAGCAGCACAGAGCAGGUGGGGGGUUCUGAAACCAGCCUCAACACUUCUCUCACCAUGUCCCCUCCUCAGCCUCAUCUCCACAGAGGCCUCACGGGGAUCCCCCAGAAGGUGGACAGGCCGGCGGGGUGGGCCGUGAGCCAGCCGCAACAUCAGCACCAUAACGGAGACGAUGAAGAAGAUGAGGAGGAAGAGGGCGGGAUCUUAGGGGAGCGAUCGAGGGUGAGGAAGAGGGGUCGGAGGAGGACUUGCAGCCUCAGUCUGAUGGGGACCUCUGCGGACAGCGGCCUCUCUGUGACGGCCGCCGAGAUGGAGGGGAGGCUGUGGGACGGAGCAGCGGGGAGCCCCCAGUACAGCAACGCCCUUCACAACCUGUGGUUGACGACUUAUAACCGCAGCGCCCCCUAUCUGAGCAGCGACGACUCGGACAGCGAGGACGAGGAGAUGAUGGAGGAACUUCAGGAACUCAGAGAAAAACACCUAUCAGAGGUUCAGGCCUUGGAAGCCGAACAGAAGAGAGAGAUCGAGGAACUGUAUGCGAGGAUGGGGAAGGUUCCUCCGCCGGGCAUCGUCUCUCCUGCAGCCAUGCUGUGCAGCCGGCAGCGCCGCCUUUCCAAAGGGAAUGGCUUUCCCUCAUCGCGCAGGAACAGUCUGCAGCGUGUGGACAUCCUGCCUCUCCAAGGCAUCAUCAGGAGAAACUCUCUCGGAGGCAGCAGCAGCGGCUCGCAGGACAAACCCGGUAAAGGCGUCACUUUUGCCACCAACAUCAGUAGAAUGUAAGAGCCUGGGCCAAGAACUCUAAAUAUCCGGACUACCUCAUCUGAAGUGUGACCGCAAGAGGUCAAAAUCCUUUAACCCUUUCACUGGUGCACCAUCCAAACAAUCUGCGCCUCUCUGUCAGUGAUCAUGUGGCUCCGCCGGCUGCUCAUUUACCUCACUUGUACAGAAGCCGUUACUGACGAGGCUGGAGACGAUACGGGACAAUCCAGUUCUCAAGAGUGUUGACCAGCCCAGCAUGUGAAGGAGUCACCCAGAGGAGAUGCUCUGUGGACUCCAAGCAGCACAGCUAAUAGAAACAAUGUGAACCUCCAGAGGUCCUGAUGUGUGCCGUCGCGUUCACUCCUACAGUACAAAUGUAAAUCUGCCAUAGUUCUCUGCUGAUUAUUCUCCCUGAUAAUGCAACGACGCAGUCAAGCGAUGGUGCCGUGUGCUGCAGAAGGCGUCUACCAUGAAGCUGACCCAGAAUGAAAUUGAUGUUUUCCUGCUUGUCUGACUUGAUGCUGUUCAUAAUAACAGUACCAGGAGCCACUGUGAGGCUGACACACUUGCUGUACUUUAUAAUGAACUCGCAUCCUCUGCUGAAUGAACAGUGAAUAUAUUCUCAUUCAGAAGAGCGGCAGUUACUUCCUUCCUUGAACUAAUGCGAAGAAUCUACCUGCAUCAUGUUCUGAUUUAUUCAAAUUCGUACCGUUAAGACAACUAAUUUAAUGUCUGCAUUCUGGUGGGACGAGAUGGGACGAAAAUGUGACAUUUUAAUGUUUCUGUUGUGCAAGAUUUUUUCUCACUACAGUACUAUCAAGUGAGAAAGUUGAUGCAGAAAGCCCAUUAUGUUAGGAAUUCUCUAGCUGGGUUAAAUUGUUUCAAAACUACUGGCUUUCCUGUUGACUGUGCAUUUAUAGCUGAGUGCAUUUAAUAUAGCUCAUGUUUACAGUUUCAAAAGUAAACUAAAAUAUUUCUGGUACCAUGAAUCCUUCUGGAGCAAAAAGAAACAUGCAGGUGCAUGAAUGUAAAUUAAAAAUGUAACUGAACUCAGUUUAUUUUAAUAAUUCAGUUCUAAAAAGCUCAACUCCUUUAAGGUAGACUCAAUACACACAGAGUGAAUGUAGCUAAUGAAACCCCAAAAUUCAGGUUUUCUGAAAAAAUUUAAUAGAAAAAAGACUUAAAAAUGUGAAAAUUGAAAUCUCAGUUUGCUAAGGUUUAUAUGUGCAAAGCUUUGUUGAGCUCCUUUUGCAUGAAUUACUGAAUCGCCAUUGCUUCACAUUUGUUCCUGCCACAAAUGUUUUGUUCUGCAUAAAUAUGUUUGGAUACAGCAGUUAUGACCAGCAGCUUUAUUAGCUAUUGAUCAUUUGUGGCUUACCUACAUUGUAAUGGGCAUCUCCGACUGUCUGCAGGAAAACGGUCAAAUUGUCGUUUUAUGCUUCAUUAUGCAAUUCAUAGCAAAAUCUUCCAAAAAAAAAAAAAAAA